AUGGCUUCUUGUCGCUGCCCUGCUGGGAGCCCGAGCGCGGAGUUCCCCCAGACGGAAGUCUUCGCGCCGGGAGCCCACGGCCGGCUGCUGCAGACGGUGGACACCGAGUACACGGCAGACUCGGUGGAGUGGUGCCCGCUGGAAGGCUACCGACACUUGCUGGCGUGCGGCACCUACCAGCUGCAAAAGCCGGAGGACAGGGCCUACGACUCGGAGAGCAAGUCUCAAACCCGCUUAGGUCGCCUUUACUUGUACACCUUCAACGAGGAGAAUUCUGCCUCUGUGUUAGUUGAAACCCACAGAAGAGACAUGGCUGCUAUCCUGGACAUGAAAUGGUGCCACAUUCCAGUGACCGACCACCCCAUCUUGGGCUUGGCGGAUGCUGGUGGAUCCCUACAGCUGCUCUGCUUGAUGGACUCCAAGAACUACAGUCUACAGCCGGUGUCCAGCCUAGUCCUGGGAGAGCGAAGACUGGCCUUGUCCCUGGAUUGGUCCACUGGGAAGAUGGGAAGGUAUGACCAGCCCUUGAAGAUUGUCAGCAGUGAUUCCCAGGGGCAGCUGCACCUGCUGACAGUGAAUGAGGCCAGCCUGGGGCUGCAGUUAGUGGACACUUGGCAGGCCCACCGAUUUGAGGCCUGGAUCGCAGCUUUCAACUACUGGCAGACGGAGGUCAUAUACUCAGGGGGAGACGACGGACUCCUGAAAGGUUGGGACACCAGACAGCAGCUCUGCUCGCCUCUGUUCACCAGCAUGAGGCACUCCAUGGGCGUGUGUAGCAUCCAGAGUAACCCGCACCAAGAGUACAUCCUGGCCACUGGCAGUUACGACCAGCAUGUCCUGCUGUGGGACACACGCAACAUGAUGCAGCCCUUGGCGGACACACCUGUCCAGGGUGGCGUGUGGAGGCUCAAGUGGCACCCCACCCGCCCCCACCUGUUGCUGGCCGCCUGUAUGCACAGUGGCUACAAGGUGCUCAACUGUCAGGCAGCCUUGGAGGAGGACCAGAACGUGUGCUCAGUCUCCUUGUCCUACGUACAGUCCAACUCGCUGACUUACGGGGCGGACUGGUCCUGGCUCAGCCCGAAGUCACGCUUGCAGCCCCUUCAGCAGACCCCUUUCAAAUCCGAAAUGGAGGUCAAGUCGGCCAACUUGCUGCCCAAGCUGAAGCAUCCAGGCACACCGGGGGCCACCAGUGUAGAUCAUGUAGGGGCGGUUGAUGAUGGGGAGGACCAUGAUGCAGAGUCCAGGUCCUUGCAAGUGGCAAGGAGGAAAUCUUGUGACUUUCACUUUAGCCUGAAUACCGCCAACGUGGAUACUAGCUUCCUGGCCACGUGCUUGUUUUACGGGCAUGCGCUCCACGUCUGGAAGUGGAAAAUGAGCUGA